AUGUAUAGAUAUAGAUAUAUUUAGUCUAUGUUGUAAGCUUCUCGAAGAGGUGUUGUGAAUUUGUGUUUCAAAUGAUUUAAAUAAAUCCCAGCGUAUUUUGAAAGGAGCUCUGCCUUUUAUUCAGGUUUUGCAGCAGAAGGCAAAAUGCUGCGCUUCCUCAGCCGGAGAGGGCGCUCAUCGAGCCAGAACAGAAACAAACAAGGUCAGAAAACACCUACAAAUAAAAACUUGAUACAAUGUAAAGUAAUGUUACUAGAUGAUACCGACUUGUCUAUUAACUUGUCCAAGAAAGCCAGCGCUGUGGAUCUGUAUGAACAAGUGUUUUAUUCACUUGACUUAAUUGAAAAAGAUUACUUCGGUUUGCAAUUUACUGACACAAACAAUGUUAAGCACUGGCUGGAUCCAACGAAAACCAUAAAGAAGCAAGUUAAAAUUGGGCCACCAUACACCUUAAGACUUAAGGUUAAGUUCUAUUCAUCAGAGCCAAAUAACUUGAGAGAGGAGCUUACUAGGUAUCAGUUCUUUUUACAACUGAAGAAGGAUAUCCUGGAGAGUAAACUAGAAUGCCCUCACUUAACGGCUGUAGAAUUGGCAGCUUUGGCUCUGCAAUCAGAGCUCGGGGACUUUGAUGAAGUGCUGCACACCCCUGCCACCGUCUCAGAAUUCAGGUUUGUACCCAAUCAAACAGAAGAGAUGGAGAUUGAAAUAUUAGAAGAAUACAAAAAAUGUAAAGGCCUGACCCCAGCUCAAGCUGAAGUCAACUAUUUGAAUAAAGCCAAGUGGCUGGAAAUGUAUGGUGUCGACAUGCAUAUAGUUCUUGGCAAAGACGGGUGUGAAUAUCACCUUGGUCUCACCCCAACAGGAAUUCUUGUCUUUGAAGGCCCUCAGAAAAUUGGUCUGUUUUUCUGGCCUAAAAUAAGUAAACUAGAUUUCAAGAAAAAGAAGCUCACCCUUGUUGUAGUUGAGGAUGAUGACCAAGGUCGCGAACAGGAGCAUACUUUCGUGUUCCGCCUCCACAAUGAAAAAGCUUGUAAACACCUGUGGAAGUGUGCAGUCGAGCACCACACAUUCUUCCGCUUACGAGCACCAGUCAAAGGCCCAUCAGCGCGACAGAACUUCUUUAGAAUGGGAUCGCGCUUCCAGUACUCUGGCAAAACAGAGUAUCAAACAACUCAGCAGAAUCGCGCGCGUCGCACUGUUCAGUUUGAGAGACGGCCUAGUCAAAGGUUUGCUCGAAGGCAAAGUCAUGUUCUCCGCGAAAGAGAAAAACAGACCACUCCAAAAGCAGAGGCUUCAGUUUCCAACGAAGGAACAGAUGAAGUACCCAGUGUAUCCACUGAAUUAGCAAGCUUAAUGCCUGACUCUAGCCAGGGCACACUUUCUAGGAAGAGUAGCGCUAAGUCACAGAAGUCUUCUAUUCUUGACACAGACAUGAAACUAGCUGAAGUUGGAGAGCCAUCAACUAAGAAUCUCAUGGAUGAAGAGCCACCGAAAGAAGUCCUGGUGUCGAAAGAAGAUUCUAUAAGCAACAAAGUUUUGUUUAAGGUAGAGAAACCUAUUGUAGAGGAAAAGAAGAAUAACCUAACCCAACUGGUUAUCAACAAACCAACUUGCAAUUGCUCUCCAGCCACACCUGUGUCAGAUUCUAAUCCUCUUAAUGAUCUCCUAAUGAGUUUGGUUAAGGAAAAACUUAAUAAUGAUGAUUCGAAAAACGAAGUUAAGAGAGAUCAACUAGACUCGGCGGGCGACAAGGAGUUUAACAACCAAGCUAAAUGUUAUUUGACAUCUACAAAGGCACUGCCACCAGGACAGCUUAAAUGCAAUAACAUACUGAAAGCUCGUGAGAAUGAAGUUAAAAUUAUAAAUGAAACAACGAAUAUUAACUUAUCUGUACAGCCUUCACCAUCCCCAAAGAUUCUGAAUGAGCCCCUUGCUCAGUCUUCUCAGUAUGUGUCAAUAGUUGUGGUGGAGCCUCCUCAGUCGCAAGCUAAGGUAGCAUCCCCAAAACCAGCGCCGAGGAAAGAGGAAGUCACUCCUAAGGUUCAACCAAUAUCAUCACUGUCUCCCUGGCUAGUGACAUCAGAGCCUAGUUCUCCGUCCGGGAUUGGUGAGAAAGAAAUCACUAUAAUCCAUCGUAAGUCUGUGAUCACUACACAGUUAUAGUUUACUUACUAAUAC